AUGAGUAAUUAUCUAAAUAACGAUAAUGAUGAAGAAGAUUGCACAAUAUACAUAGAAGAACUAAAAUCAGAUGAUCCUAAUCUAAAAAUAAAUGCAGUAACUAAAAUUAUAUAAAUAGCCAAAAUUUUAGGAUAAAAUCGUGUAAGAGAAGAAUUAAUACCUUAUCUUAUAGAAAUAAUAGAAGAGUUAGAUAACGAAGAAGAUUUUUUAACAAGUUUAUGCGAACAAAUAGUACAAUUAAAUGAUUUUAUAGGAGGUAAAGCCUAUUCACAUUUAUUAAUAGCCCCUUUAGAACUUUUAGCAUCAAUGGAGGAGAAUAUAAUUCGUUAGAAAGCAGUAAAUUCAUUAAUAUAAAUUUCAAAUAAUUAAGAAAGUUAAUUUUUCUCCACACAUUUCUUUUCUAUGAUUAAAUAAUUAGCAGGAUGGGACAAUUAUCCAUCUCGAAUAUCAGCUUGCAGUUUAAUUGGAGCAACAUAUUUCUAAUUUUAAGAAGCUUAAAGAGAAGAUUUAAUGAAUUCCUUCGAAAAAUUAUGUAAAGAUGAUACUCCGAUGGUAAGAAGAACAGCAUCUUAGAAUAUUGAAGAAAAGUAACAAACACAAUUAUUUUUCAAAGAAAAAUUAUUACCAAUGUGGCUUAAUUUAUUAAAAGAUAAUGUUGAUUCUGUUAAAGUAAAAUCAAUAGAAAUAUCUCCUAAGCUUAUUACACGUUUAUCUAAAUCUGAUGUAGCAGAAAAAUUUGUAAAAAACAUUAAAGAAAUAUUAACAGCCAAAGGAAAAAGCUGGCGAAUAAGAUAUGCUAUAGCAGAAAUAAUUUGUGAUCUCAUCUUAAAUGUAGAAAAUGAUUGUAUAUAAAAAGAAAUACUUCCAAUAUACGAAAUUCUAUUAAAAGAUUCAGAGCAUGAGGUUCGUUCUAUAACUUUAAUAAAGGUUCCUGAAUUAUGUUAGCAUUUACCAAGUUCAAUUUUAACCACAAACUUGCUUCCAGUAUUGAACGGUUUAGUAUAAGAUACAUCUUAACAUGUUAGAAGUUCACUUGGGGAGAUAAUUUGUAAAAUUGCGAAUUUUUUCGAAUAAAAUAGCGUUAUAAGUGGAAUAAUUCCUAUAGUUGAAAGUCUUCUUAAAGAUGAAACUUUAGAUGUAAGAUUAAGUUUAAUAAACAAUAUUUAACUAAUAAACUAAUAUAUUGGAAAUGAAAAUGUAAAAAAAUAUAUUUUACCUGCUUUUUAAUCAAUCUAAAAUGAUAAAUAAUGGCGAUUUAGGCUUGUUUUUGUAGAAUUUAUUCCUAAUUUUUUAUAAUAAAUAGGAUUCGAAGAAUUUAAAGAAUAGUUUUUGGAAUUUGUUAAGAUAUUUGCCUUUGAUCAUUACUCAGCUAUCCGUGAAUAAGUUUUUGCUAAUUUUUUGGUCAUUUCUAAGACAUUAGGAUAUCCUGCAAUUAAAAAUAUAUUUUUUGAUCUUGUUAACUAACUUAUUAAAUCCAAUAAUUAUAUUUAUAGAGUUACAGCAACUAAAAGUAUUGGACAUUUGAUUGAUGUUAUACCUAAAAAUGAUUUAAAUGAAAUAUUUGAAAUUCUUUAAAAUAACCUUUUUGAUGAUAAAGUACCUAAUGUAAAAAUUAACCUCCUCAAGCUUUAUAACUCUAUUUAAGAAAAGCUUAACCCUUCAGUAAGAAAUAAAUUUAUUUAAAAAACUAAAAUCUUAUUAAAAGAUAACGAUGCUGAUUUAAGUUAUUUUGCUUCUUUAAUUUGA